AUGGAAACCAACCAAUCAUGGGUCACCGAAUUUAUCCUGGUGGGAUUCCAGCUCAGUUCAGAGAUGGAACUUCUUCUCUUCUGGGUCUUCUCCCUCUUAUACAUCUUUGGUCUGCUGGCAAAUGGCAUCAUCCUGGGACUCAUUUGGUCAGAUCCUCAAUUGCAUACCCCCAUGUACUUCUUCCUCUCACACCUGGCCAUCAUCGAUAUAACCUAUGCUACUGGCAGUGUACCUCAUACUCUGAGAAACCUAAUAACUUUCUGUUUGACUGUUGGCUCUAUAGAGUGCAUGAUAUUGAUGGUGAUGUCCUAUGACAGGUAUGUGGCCAUCUGUCACCCUCUCCAGUACAUCAUCGUCAUGAACUGGAGAAGGUGCACAAUCCUUGCUGUCAUGUCGUGGGUAUGUGGAUUUUCCCUGAUAAUGGUAAAUAUAUUGCUUCUUGUAAGGCUGCCCUUCUGUGGACCCCAAGAGUUAAAUCACUUUCUCUGUGACAUCUUAGAUGUACUCAAAUUGGCCUGUGCUGACACCUGGGUCAAUACAUUUUACAUGUUUGCUUGUGGUGUGUUUUUUUUAAUUGUGCCCCUUUCCCUGAUGCUCAUCUCCUACAUAUGCAUCCUCUGGAAUAUCCUGAAAAUCAAGUCAAAGGAGGGUCGCAUAAAAGCAUUUUCCACCUGCUCUUCCCACCUCUGUGUGGUGGGGCUCUACUUUGGCAUAGCUAUGCUGCUGUACUUGAUCCCAGAUGACAGUCAACAGCAAGAGCCACAGAAAAUUCUGACCCUGUUUUACUGCCUCUUCAAUCCACUGCUGAAUCCUCUUAUUUACAGCCUGAGGAACGCUCAAGUAAAGGACGCUCAGGUGAAGGGUGCCUUCUACAGGGCACUGGGGCAGAAGAGAGCCACGUGA